AUGGAAGAACUUACAGCUUUUGUAUCCAAAUCUUUUGACCAGAAAAGCAAAGAGAGCAGCAGCGGCAGUGGCAGCAGCAACAAGAAGGAGACGAUCACGUACAGGGAAGUUUUGGAGAGUGGGUUGGCUCGCUCCAGGGAGCUUGGAAACUCUGACUCUAACCUGCAGGACAUGACCGAGAGCAGCAACCACUGCCCGGUGCACCUUUUCAAAGACCACGUAGAGAGCGACAAGGACAAACUGAAGGAGUUCGCCGCGGGCAGGACGGCCGAAGGGAUCUACGAGUGCAAAGAGAAGAGGGAAGACGUGAAGUCGGAAGAUGAAGAUGGACAGACCAAGCUCAAACAAAGGAGAAGCAGAACCAAUUUCACACUAGAGCAGCUGAAUGAGCUGGAAAGACUUUUUGAUGAGACUCACUAUCCGGAUGCCUUCAUGAGGGAGGAACUAAGCCAGAGGCUGGGACUGUCUGAAGCUAGGGUUCAGGUCUGGUUCCAGAACAGGAGAGCAAAGUGCCGAAAGCAGGAAAACCAGAUGCACAAAGGUGUGACUGGGACCGCCAGCCAUUUAGACGCCUGCAGAGUGGCCCCGUAUGUGAAUAUGGGAGCCCUGAGGAUGCCUUUCCAACAGGUCCAGGCGCAGCUGCAGCUGGAGGGGGUGGCCCACGCGCACCCGCACCUGCACCCGCACCUGGCGGCCCACGCGCCCUACCUGAUGUUCCCGCCGCCGCCCUUCGGGCUGCCCAUCGCCUCCCUGGCCGAGUCCGCCUCCGCCGCCGCCGUGGUGGCCGCCGCCGCCAAGAGCAACAGCAAGAACUCCAGCAUCGCCGACCUGCGGCUCAAGGCCCGCAAGCACGCCGAGGCCCUGGGGCUCUGACACGCUUCUGCCCCGGCCCCCCCUCGCUCACACACAGCCCCUUACUCGACCCCCCCACCCCACCCAUGGCCCCCGGCCCCGGGCCGCCCCGCCUCCUGCUCUCCGUUUUUUUUUUUAAUCAUUUCUAAUUUUUGUCCUCUUUUAUUUUAUUUGUUUCUUUUUGAUUUCUUUCCCCUCGCUUUCUUUCCAGUACUUUCCGGCAGCCUUCUCCGGCUGCUCUCCUUCGCUUCAUCCCGCCCAGCAGAGACUUCGUGGCCGGGGGGAGCCGGGGCGAAGACGGCGACCGUUGACGGCCGUUGGAGGCCGUUAGUUGCCGUUGGGAGCCGUUGGUGGCCGUUGGUUGCCGUUGGCGGCCGUUAGCGGCCGUUGGGAGCUGUUGGUGGCCGUUGGCGUGUGGGGAAACUCUCCAGGCCCCGGGUCCCCGGGCACACUCACACGCACGCACACACACACACAAACACAAACCAGAGACUUUGAAGAGGAGAAAGUAGGUGGGAGGACAGACACACAGACAGAGAGGAGGGAAAGAGGAGAGAGAAAAACAAAACACCGUCACCACCACCACAACAACAGAGAAGGAAAUGAUCUCUAAAUUAUGUUAGUCUGUGAACGUUGGGGACCUUUGGAUAUUUUUUUUGACCCUGGCAAAAGUGAUCGCUCCAGCAUAACGUCAUCCGCUGCUGUCAGUUUUGCUACCUUGUGCAUGUGUCUAACUAAACACGUUUUGAGGAUCAAAAGUAUAUUAGAACAAAACUAAACAAAACAAAUAAUAAUAAUAAUAAAUAAUAAAUCCUUGGGGCUGGUCUCCAUUAAAGAUGACAUUUCUUUGUUGCCAACAGUAUUAUUUCACUGCCAUGAAUCUCUUCCAUCACUGAGGAGCUGCUGCUGCAGAACUGGUUUGAAUUUAAAUGUGGAAUUUCAGAUCUGAGGCAAGGCAGUUUUUUUCCUUUCUUUCCUAUAAAAAAAACAAGCAGCAAUAACAGAAAAUGUGCGUCUCAAAUGGCUAUGUCCUUUGAAAGGAAAAAAAAGAGAGAGAGACUAGAAUUUACUAAUCUUUAACGAUAACUUGAAAGAUGGAAACACUAAGAAAUGCACCUGUUUUGCCAGAAUCACCUGAACUCAAAGAGAUGUGUUGUGCCAUAGAAACAGGUCAAUUUUUCUAUUUUUUUUUCCAAAUGUCUGGAUCGUUGAAUUGAAAUCUUGCUGUUUUACAGGAUGUAGAAAGAAUGACUUAUACGACAAAGAUGGACAUAUGGUUUUAAGGCAUAAUACUGAUGCAGUGUUAAUUUUAGUGAAAUGCAAUUAAGUGCAGUAAAGUGCAAUACUGUAAAUAUUAUAGAUUAAAAAGAAAUAGCCGUACUUAUUCUGUUAAUAACCGAUUCUGCAAGAACCAUAACUUAAGUCCUUUAUGCUCAGACUGGUGCAUUGCAGCUCCUUGCCAAAAUGACAGUCUGAGUCCUCUAUGAAUGGAUAAAGUUAUAUGUAUCACGUAUGGGAAAAGGUAGAUGCCAUGAUUUCUAGUUGAGUCAACGUGCCAUGUUUCUGGGAAGUAAGCUGAAAAGUCUGUAUGACAUUUUUUUGCAAUCAUUUGAAGUAAAGAGAAAAACCAAACAAACAACAACCCACAGAAGUUUUGUAGAGGUGGACAAGUUUGAUAUUUGGCCAUUUUAAAUUUUGCCUGUGAUUUAGUUACCAAGUCUAAAGGUAAUGCUUAAACAAACUAAUAUAAAUGCAGAAAUGAUGGGGACUACGAAAAUCCUUUAAAUUUUGUUACCAAAGUGUCUGAGUUUACUGGCCCUCUCCCUUUCCCUUUCCUCCAUAUUUCUACUUUUUAUGCUAUUCACCUCUAAUGAGUUUAUUAUAUCUUUUUUUUUUUUUUUUUUUUUGGGGGGGGGAGGGAAGAGGAAGGUGCAAAUGUUGGUCUUGUCUACAUCUAACAAGACAGCUAUUUGUUGCCUUUGCUAUCAAGGCCUGCAUUGAUGGAAGGUUAUCCUCUCAACAGUACUGUUAAGCCUGCUUUUUAUGUCUCAUUUAACAACUCAUUACUAGUUUUGGCUUUUGCUGAUGUUUAUUGAAUCCAA